CCGCCACGUUGUAAGCCAAGAAUUCGGAGGCGCGAGCAGGCCAGCAGCCGCUUCCGCGAUUAGUCCGGGUAAGGCGGCUGCGGCUGGGCGGUCCUUCUCUGCCUAACUUUUAUCGCCUCUUCGGUCCGCCCCCGCUUGCCCGGAUGGUUUUGUCUUGCGGGCAGCAGCGAAAGGGCCUGGGAGAGGAAGUUUCUGCCCAAGUUGGGAUGCGGCGGAGCCGGCGAGUUCGGGCCGGCCGAGGAGGAUGGUCGCUCGUGGUGGCGCUGUUCUCGGGGCUUGGCGUAGCGGGCGUGUUGUUGCUGUGGCAGUGGGGUCCGCAGCACCCGGAUAAGAGCUCUGGGAGAGCGGCGCCCCCUUCUUUGGCGCCCGAAAUAGCCCAGCGACGAUUGCGCAGACCCGUCUAUGAUAAGCCGCCGUUGGGCAGAGAGACCGAGGUGGGCGAGAUGGGCCGGCCGGCCCGCCUGGAGUUAAGCAAGGCCGAGCAACAGCUUCAGGAGGAGAGCAUCCAGCUGCACCAGAUCAACAUCUUCCUGAGCGACCGCAUCUCCCUUCACCGGCGCCUGCCCGAGCGUCGCAAUUCGCUAUGUAAAGAAAAGAAAUAUGAUUAUUAUAACUUGCCAAAGACUUCUGUUGUAAUAGCUUUUUAUAAUGAAGCCUGGUCAACUCUUCUGAGAACAGUUCAUAGUGUUCUUGAGACAUCUCCUGACAUUCUUUUAGAAGAAAUUAUCCUUGUAGAUGAUUAUAGUGAUAAAGAACAUUUAAAGGAAGAUUUGGAAAACUAUCUGGCGAAUUUGCGCAAGGUACGGCUUAUCAGAGCAAAUAAAAGAGAAGGGCUGGUUCGAGCAAGGCUGCUGGGAGGUUCAGUAGCAAGAGGAGAUGUUCUUACAUUUCUCGACUGCCAUUGUGAGUGCCAUGAAGAGUGGCUUGAACCAUUAUUAGAAAGAAUUAGAGAAGAACCAUCAGCUGUCGUCUGUCCUGUGAUUGAUGUAAUUGACUGGAACACCUUUGAAUACUUGGGAAAUGCCGGAGAGCCACAGAUUGGUGGGUUUGACUGGAGACUGGUCUUUACUUGGCACGUGAUACCAGAGCGGGAGCAGCAAAACCGAAAAUCCAAGAUUGAUGUUAUCAGGUCUCCAACUAUGGCUGGUGGACUCUUUGCUGUGAACAAGAAUUAUUUUAACUAUCUUGGUUCAUACGACAUAGGAAUGGAAGUCUGGGGAGGGGAAAACCUUGAAUUUUCAUUUCGGAUCUGGCAAUGUGGAGGAAGUCUUGAAAUCCAUCCUUGUUCUCAUGUAGGACACGUUUUUCCAAAGCAAGCUCCAUAUUCACGUGCAAAAGCUUUAGCUAACUCUGUUCGGGCUGCAGAGGUGUGGAUGGAUUCGUACAAAGAACUUUACUACCACAGAAAUCCACAUGCACGCUUGGAACCCUAUGGAGAUGUGACAGAAAGAAAGCUGCUUCGAGAGAAGCUCAGGUGCAAGGAUUUUAAAUGGUACUUAGAGAAUAUUUAUCCUGAACUUCAUGUCCCCGAGGACAGACCUGGCUUCUUUGGGAUGCUGAAGAAUAGAGGAAUGGCAAAUUAUUGCUUUGAUUACAAUCCUCCCAGCGAGCAUGAAUUAACAGGAUACAAAGUCAUAUUAUAUCCAUGUCAUGGCAUGGGACAAAAUCAGUUUUUUGAAUACACCUCCCACAAUGAAAUACGUUAUAAUACCCGUCAACCAGAAGUCUGUGCAGCUGUUGAUCCAGGAACUGAUUUUUUGAAAAUGUACUUGUGUGAAAAUAGUAUCCAAAAUAUUCCUGAAAAUCAGAAAUUUAUUCUUAGAGAGGAUGGAGUUUUAAUACAUAAGCAGACCCAGAAGUGUCUACAAGCUGAAUCUGAUGUAGAAAAUGGAUAUCCAGCACCUUUGUUACGGCCAUGUUCCAAUUCAGCAUACCAGAAAUGGUUUUUUAUAGGGAGGAGUUGAUACAGAAAUCUAAUUUUAUGGUUGAUCAAGAUAAUGUCUGGAUCUGAAGCAAGCAAAUGUUUAAUCAUUUGUACACGGAGAACUGUAUUAUUUUCAACUUAUUCUGCAACACAGGCAGGCAUUGAAAUUCAUAUGUGGACUUUUCUGCGUUGGAAAUUUACUUUUGGCAGCUAUAUGAUUUACCAAAUUUUUUAUAUAUUUUAGCAAUAACUUAGAGACUUGAUAAUGCAGGUGGCGGCACUUAAAUUUGAUAAUUUAAAUAUUUAUUUUUUCCUAAUAUGUUCAACUUUAAUGUGACUAAGACAUUAAAAGAAAAAUAAAAUAACAAAUUUUACUGUGAAAUUAUUAUAAUAUAAAUAACCAUAUUUUUUUUUUCAUAUAUCUAGUACACUGGAACUGCAUGUGAAGAAUCACUAUUGAUUCUAAGGAUACAGUAGAUCAUUAUAGUAGAAUUAUAUGUGAACUCAAUCUAUUAUGAUAUAAUAGGGCACAAUGUGGCUCUAAAUCUUUUAAAUUAAACAAUAAAUGAAUUGGAAGUAAGGAUGACUGAAUCACUCUGUCUCUGGUUCAGCUCACUUUCAAAAACAUUCCUUCAUAAAAUCAAUCUUAUCUCCAAUUUCCAAAUUAGUCUGCCAGUUAAAAACAUCCAUAUAAAUUAAACGUGUACACCAUUUUCCUUUAUAUUUUAAUAUAUGACUACCCCAAUGUAAGAAUUUUUAAUGUACUUUUGUCUAAGAAUUACAUUAAAAAUAUUGGAAAAUUUUUCCUUUAAAAAAAACACCAUUUUCCAGAUUAAUGUAUGUUGAGCUAAGGUAUAAGAUAUGUUUGGCUGAUUCAGAUAAUGGCCACAGAUAAUGAAAUUUCUCCCCCAUUUUUAACUGGGUGUCAAUUUCUAAAAAGAAUGUUGGCAUGCAGAAUCAUUGUAGCAGGACCAAAAAAAUAAAAAUAAAAUCGGCAGAAACAGAUUUCAGGGACGAUAUUACACAGGAACCUUGUAUAAUCAUGCCAUGGUACCUCCUAGAUAACAAAACAAAUUCAAAAGUAGACACCCUGCAUCAAAUAUGAUUGUCUUUGCUACUAUCUAGUAAUCUAGGAUUUUUGUAUCAGAGAUCUAAUAGUCAUAAUCAAAGAAACAUUCUUUGACUGAAUCCAUAAUUUUAUAACUAUAUAAAAGUUUAUGCAUAGCUAGGAAAAGGUGCAAAGGGGUUUUUACGUGGUAUGACAAAUGCUUAUACAGAAUACAAAAUAAAGCGUGUAGCGUGGCAACUACCAUUAUGUUGACUGAGCCUAUCCUAACUUAUGUGAAGAUGAAACAGUGUGAGGAAAUGACAUUUGCCUGAAUUUGGAAGGGGAAGGUGGACUAUUAAAAGCUUGGUUAGUAAUGAAUAUAUAUAUGACAGUUCGGGAUUUGGACAAAAUGAAGAUAAUAGAAUAAAAAUUAUUCCAAUUAUCUUUAGAAGAGAGAGUAAGAUGCAAAAGAUGACAGAUUUGGAUGGUUUGUGGAGAGCUCAACAUGUGCAAAUUUGGGAAGUUUACAUUUGAAUCAAAAUACCUCAUACCUCGUCAGGCACAAUCCCAACCCUAAAAAUGUUUGAAUAUCAGAUUCCAACAAUGAUGUUGGAGAAGCAAAACUCUUAAUUUGUUAUUAUGGACACCAACUCAAUGGUUUGAUUAAAGUAACUGAAGAAAUAAGACAGUACAAAGUAUGCAUUUUGCAAAGCAUCUGAGAGAGAUGGGCGGUUUAGAAAUAGGAAAUAUAAAUAAAUAACUCCCUCUUCAAAGCACUAAGUCAAAUGCAUCUACCAGCAUGGUGUUUUUUUUCAGAAGAUGUAAAUAAAUGUUUUUGAGAAGUGCUAGUCACACCAGUGGACUUCUGAAUAUGCCCUUUGGAUGCUUUGAAUUUUGUAUUAAGCUACUUCAUUUGGCUUCAGAACCUUAUUCUCAUACCCUGACAAGCUCUUGUUUCCCAAUUUUGCUGAUGUAUUUUGUACUGACAUUGAAAAUACGGACAUCCUGAUUUUGCUGGGAUUUACUUUAGCCAUUCACAGGAAUAUCUGGAAGCUGGUAAUUUGAAUUAUACCAAUCAUGGUGCCAACUUGCAUGCUUUUUUGGAAGAAAUAGCUCUUUAAAAGAUCCAUGAGUGUUUUCAUCACAAAGUAGUCUGGAAUCCUGCAAGUAUAGGUAUGGGACAGGGAUUUCAUGUCUGAGAAAUGCUUUCCUUCCUCUCUUCUCUAAUGCAACAUCUGCCUUUUGGAGACAGUUUGCAAAGGAGAGAUACUGGGACUCUUUUAUAUAAAUAUGAUGCCACCAGUGUUGUAUCUUCUUAAUGUUCAUUAUACUUUAAAGUUUUAUUUAAAUUUUGGAGCAAUUUUGAAAUACCCUUAAGCAAGCAAAUCAUGUUCUUUUUCAAAGUUUGGUCAGUCAAUUAGCCAUAUCAAACAUGAGCAUUGGCCACAGUAAAAUACAAUAAAAUGAGAUAAGAUACAAUUAAGUGAGAUAAAAUAGAAUAAAAUAUAGUAGGGAGGAAGAGGAAGAAAAA